GAGCUCCUGAAAGGGAAGGAGGGAAGCCGGUGUGUAUGGGAGACUCUGUUUCUCUGUGAUCUCCAGGAGAGUGAGUGCCGCCGGUGGGACACCGCAGCCAGCUGCAAUAUACAAUUGCAUUGCCAUCUCUCCCACAUUCAAAGAGAAGCGGGAUUGACAGAUGGAGAGCGGUAAGCGUGGAAUUGAUGGGAGCUCCCCACAGUCUGUUACUAAGGCAUUUAAGGCAGCAGAUCUGGAGAUUGAAAUGGUUCAGGUGUCAGCCAAGAAGCCAGACCCGAACCAGCUUGUGUUUGGGACUUUGUUCAGUGACCACAUGUUGAUGAUUCAGUGGACGAUUGCAAGAGGCUGGGAGAGGCCACAGAUUAAACCAUUGCAGAACCUCUCACUGCAUCCUGCUGUGUCAGCCCUACAUUACUCAGUGGAGUUGUUUGAAGGGCUGAAAGCCUACCGAGGAGUGGAUAAUAAGAUUCGCCUGUUCAGACCUAUGUUGAAUAUGCAGAGGAUGCUGAGAUCUGCCAAUCGAGUCUGUUUACCUAGCUUUGAUCCCGACGAGCUGUUGGAGUGCAUCAGGAAGCUGGUGGAGAUAGACAGGGAGUGGGUACCAUACUCAAAUGCUGCCAGUCUCUACAUUCGACCGGUCCUUAUUGGAACAGAGCCUUCUCUCGGAUUGAAGAUAACGACAAAAGCCUUGCUGUAUGUGAUCCUCAGUCCAGUCGGACCUUAUUUCUCAACGGGGAGCUUUAACGCCGUAUCUCUUUGGGCAGAUCCAAAGUACGUUCGGGCGUGGAAAGGAGGAACGGGAGACUGCAAGGUCGGAGGAAAUUAUGGUACAUCACUUUUUGCACAAUCCGAAGCCUUGGCUGCAGGGUGUCAACAGGUUUUGUGGCUCUACGGAGAAGAACACAAUAUAACGGAGGCAGGGACAAUGAAUCUGUUUCUUUACUGGAUAAAUGAGAAUGGAGAGGAGGAGCUGGUAACACCACCACUAGAUGGCGUGAUAUUACCUGGAGUAGUAAGACAAAGCAUUCUGGAUCUUACACGCAAGUGGAAUCAGUUCAAGGUUGAAGAGCGUUCCAUCACAAUGAAGGAACUUCUCAUCGCAACAAAGCAAAACCGGGUCAAGGAGAUGUUCGGUUCAGGAACUGCUUGCAUCUUGUGUCCAAUAUCACGGGUCUUGUACCAGGGUGAGAACCUGCAUAUUCCAACCAUGGAAAAUGGACCAAAGUUAGCAACUCAACUCUUUGAAAACCUUGCUGACAUACAGUACGGAAGAAUAAAGAGUGAUUGGACUUUCCUGGUGGUCUAAAUGUUGGAACGUAAUUGAAAGCAGACUGAGUGAAGAGCUGAGCAGAAGGAGGGCUGAAUUUCAAAAUAGCACAACGUGCAGUCCGCAGGUUGUGAACAUAUGGUGAAGGUUCCUGACUGCUAUCCAUACCAAACUAAAGAACAAGACAUUUUGUAAUAUAAACAGGAAUUAUAAUUGUGUGUAUCGUCGCACCUUCUAUUCACUAGAGGACCAAAGUCAAACCAGCAGUUGCAUGUCAGGCACGACAGUGUCCUCUCACGUUCUAAUUGAGCUCUGUUUGAUAGGCUUCGGUGCAGGUCCUAUUCACAGGUCUCUCUCUGGUUUUGUAGCAGCCCUGUGUGAUAUUGACUCACAGUGUUACAGACAUUUCAUCAACCGUGACAUAUGACUAGAUUACCCUACGGCCAGGAUGUCAGGGCCGGUUGAUUCAGUGUGUUUCGCAUGCAGUCAGCAACUGAACAAGAAAGGAAUUUGUACAUGAGCCAUCAUUGAUGGACUGCUGUUAGGCUAGUGAACCAUACAAAAUGGGAGCUAAUUUUCCCAACCAAACAAAAAUAGAUUAAUGUCUGGAAUUGGGGUCAACAUCACAUUAUAUUUUAUGCUCAUGGAAUCCUAAAUGCCUUUGAAUCAUAUUGUAUCAGUAACAGUGACACACAAGCAGUGAUCCGAAACUAGAUUUGUAACUGGGUGGUUGUAAGGGUUGAAAAUGCCAAAUAAAGAUUCCUGUAAGUGAAUUGCAAAGCUUUAAGCCAGCCUCAGAGCUCAGACAGCAUGUGAACCUUCAAUAAUUUACAGUAAGCCUUUAAUAUAUUCCCAGUUACCUUAUUACCUACUAUGCAUAUACUAUAAUAUACACUGUCCAGUUGAGUUUUGAAAGAUAACAUAUAAAUUAUUUCUUUUACAUCUGUUUUUGAAGUGUAGGUAACACUAGGAUCCGUAGUUAUUCCUAAUUCUUGGCUAUCCUGGAAAAAAUGUGCAAUCUGAAAGUCAGCCUCAUUGUGUGAAAUUGAGGCAUUUAGGGAAUCCAAUCAGGUCAGGAUGGAAGCUCGAGUAGAUUUUAAUUUGGGAAGUUUAUUAAGGACUGUGGAACCAAGGCAGUCAAACAGAGCUGAGAUACAGAUCUAACUGAUCACAUAAUCUAACUGAUUGACAGAACAGGCUUGAAGGAUUGAAUGGUCUUCUCUUUAUAUUCUUCAGUGACAAUGAGGCCCAUCAUUAUUUGGUGCCGAUCUCUAAUUGCCCCCUAGGAAAGUGGAAGUGAUUGAUGUUAGUGAACUGUUGCAGUCACAUGUGGCCCAGAGAGGGUAAGAAUGGCAGAUUUCCUUUCCAAAAGGACGUUAAUGAACCAGAUGGGUGUUUUUUUCAAUGACAAACAAUAACAGUCACCAUUAUUGACACUAGCUUUAAAUUCCGAUUUAUUAAUGAAUUAAGGUUUUGGAAUAGAUCUGUAGCUCGGGUUGUGGGUGCUGAGGUUGGUUGGCUUGCCGAGCUGUUUUGUUGUUCCGCAGACGUUUCGUUAUCGUGCUGGG